AGUCGAAGAUCGCCGUUGGCGUCGUGGCCGCCUAGAUCCGCACUUUCCCCUUCCUCUUCUCCUCCUCCUCACGUUUCGCAGCACGUGCUCGAGUGUUUUCUUCUGAAAGAGAGGUUAGUGAUCACGGACCCACGUCUCGGGAUGAGUGGUGUGUGGGGCGACUCUUUCACGAAUAUAUUCGCCUGAUGAGUUGAGUGGCUGUGUUUGUUUGUUUGUUUUUUUGUAUGUUUACGAAGUGGUCGCAGUUGGCAGGCAAUAGUUAGUAUGUCUGUUGGGCAUUCGGUGAAAAGGAGAGAUGAAGAAGAGGAAAGCGAAUCAGCUCCCCCACCCCCCGAUGGUGGUUGGGGAUGGAUGGUCGUUUUUGGUUCUUUCAUGAUUCACGUCAUAACUGAUGGAGUCACGUAUUCUUUUGGCAUUUUCUACGACGAAUUUUUAGAAUAUUUCAAAGAGGGUAGCAGCAUAACAUCAUGGAUCGCAUCCAUUCUAGUCGGUGUCACUUUGUGCUCAGGUCCUUUGUCCAGUUACUUCGUGAACAGAUGGGGUUGCCGCACGGUCACCAUCUUGGGCGCCAUCUUGGCCGCCGCCUGCCUCGUCGUCUCUUUUUGGGCGAACAGCGUGCUGGUGUUGUGCCUCACCAUCGGCGUGGGCACGGGCACGGGUUUCGGCAUGAUUUAUCUGCCCGCCAUCGUCAGUGUGACGACGUACUUCGAGAAGAAGCGAUCGCUGGCCACCGGAAUCGCGGUAUGCGGUUCCGGCUUCGGCACCUUCAUCUUCGCCCCGAUAAUCUCCCGAUUGCUGACCGAUUACGGUUGGCGGGGCUCCAUCCUGAUCAUAGGCGGCGUCGUGCUGGAGUGCAUCCUGUUCGGGGCGCUGUUCAGGCCGCUGGAGGCGGAGGGGGGCGCCGCCUCCAAGGAGGACGAGAAGCGGCUGAGGAGCGCCGAGGCCAAGAUCGACAUUCACGUGUCGGAUCACGAUUUGCCGAUGGUUAAUGGGAGUUUCAAGCGGAACGACAUCACAUCGGGCGCCGAUGCCAACAACAUGCACCGUCCGCACAGCGUCAGCCACUUCUCCCUGCCCCCAACCCAGCAACAACAACAGCACAACAACAACAACAAACAGGCGACGGCCCACGUCGAUAACGGCGUCGCGGCGCCGGCGAAGCGGAAGACCUCGGAGGCCGCCCGACUCGCCCUCAGCCAGCCCGUGCUGCUGACGCAGUCGGAGGGCGGGCAGGGCGGGCGGCCCGUGUGGCGGUACGGCAGCCAGAGUUUGCGCACGAGGCAUCAUCACGGGCCCAUCGAUAGGCCGGACGCUUUCUAUCAGGGCAGCCUCAUGAACAUACCGUCGUACAGGUCGAGACUGAACCUGCGCAAAGGUGAAGACGGCCCUUUCCUAGAACGUCGUCAUUCGACUUUCAGCCACAAGCGCCGCCACCAUCACACCUCCGGUGCGGACCUCAACGAGGGUGAUUCAGAUGCCCCCUACAAGGCAUGCGGCAUUUUCCCGUGCAGCGACGAACUGCGCGAGAUGCUCGACUUCUCCCUCUUCAAGGACGUCGUCUUCCUCCUCUUUUCCGCCAGCAAUCUCUUGACCUCCAUCGGCUUCAACGUGCCCUACGUCUAUCUGGUGUCGAAGGGCCGAGGGCUGGGCAUGACCAAAGAGAAAGCCGGCAUGUUGAUCUCGAUCAUAGGGGGCGCCAACACGAUCGGCAGGAUCGUGUUGGGCUACGUGUCGGACAAGCCGUGGAUCAACAGGCUGCACGUCUACAAUUGGAGUCUCACCAUUUGUGGGGCAGCCACUGUCAUUAGUGCCUUCCUUAGCAGUUUCUAUUCUCUGGCGGUGUACAGCACAGUGUUCGGCGUGACUGCCGGAGCGUACGUCGGACUCACCUCCGUCAUUUUGGUGGAUCUUUUGGGAAUCGAAAAACUGACCAACGCCUUCGGCCUGCUGCUCUUGUUUCAGGGCAUCGCUUCGUUGGUCGGACCGCCUCUCGGAGGGAGCCUUUAUGACUGGACGGGCUCGUAUGAUCCAGCGUUUUGCCUUGCCGGCGUGGCGAUAUGCCUCAGCGGGCUAAUUCUUUUCGCGAUUCCGCCUGUCCAACGAUGGCAGGCCAGGAAGGAACAGACCAAAGAGACUGUCCAUAUUUAGCAGCAUAUAAUACCUGCCUUAAAUAGAUUUUUACUAUUUUUAUUAUACUUGAAUGUAUUCGUCUCAUUGUUUAUACAUAUCAGCCUAGUUCUUAUCGUAUUUUAUUUAUUUUUUGAAAUAUUGUUAUUUGGUUACGUCUGUUUAUCGCUCUGGAUGUAAAUACUUAUUUAUUCAGCAACUAAUGGAUAAUG